AUGCUAUUCCGCUUCUCCACAGUUUGGAAGACUAAUCGCGUGCCUCUGUCCCAAUUCCCCAGAUAUUCCCGAGGACCGCACCCUAACCAACCCCUACACAUCGAUACCGCCGCCUCCCGCCACGGCUCCGCUUCGUACUUGAGAUCUGUGCUUGAGGACGACGACGACGACGAAGACGAGGGUCCCGACUACUUUGACGAAGAAUACGAAAACCAGUUCAUGAAUGGAACCUUUCUGCACAAUCGUCUAGAUAGCGAACCAUUCAUCCCGGUCCUCAAAUCCCCUCCUCCAACGAAACGAUCGUCACGACGGGCAACGAGUAUGGCAUUACACCCGCCUAUGAACAGACCACCCCCAUUACAUAUUGACGUAGACCCGCGUUCGAUAUCAAUGUCAAUGGGUGCAGGAGAUCCAAGACACCCAAAAACCCCUGGAAAUAAGAUCAGCUCCUUCUUCGGCUGGAAGGCGGCGAAUAAUAAUACAGCUACAUCCCCUGGAGGUGAAUCAUCCAGCACCGAGAUCUCCGACUCCGGUCGAUCAGCAAUGCCUUCUCCUAUGCCACCAUUAGCAAACGUCCCUUUCAAACCGGGCUCUCCAUACGAUUCCAAGACCAAUGGAUAUGGUCUUCCGGCGCGGACCCCUUCACUGGGGGCUUCAAGUUUAAAGGAAAAUAUAUUUAUGUCCAAGAUGGCAGAGAUUGAGAAUGAAUUACGAGAGAUAAGCUCUGAAUUGGCGGGAUCUAUCCGCCGAGAAAUGGAUCUGGAGGAUCUAGUCGAACGGCUACAAUUAGAAGGUCCGGACGUCAAUCGACGGACAAGUGACUAUUUUUCAGACUCGGGUACUAGCUCUGUUCGCUAUGCCUCAGAUUAUGGGAAGAACGAAGAUAUCGAAAAGAUUCGCCGCGCUGCAGAGCAAGAACGGGCACAGCUCAAGGUCGAAUUAUCGCAGAAGUUACAGGAGGAGCGGUCUCAGCGGUUGGCAUCAGAGUCGCAUGUCCAAAUCUUGGAAUCUCAAGUUCAACAGCUUCGACGUGACAGAACGGAUAUGUCUGAUUUGUCGUCGAAAACCAAGGAACUUGAGACCGCACUGGAAAAUACCAAGCGAAAGCUGCUUGAAGAGCGGCAAUCCAAAGAUAACUUCGAGGACCUACUUACCGCCAUGCGGGUAGAGUUGGAACAAUUGCGUAAUGAUCGAGAUCAGCUUCGAGAUGACAACAGGCUCGUGGAGGAAAUUGAAGCUUUAAAAAUCGAAAAUGCCUCUUUGGCCCAGCUACAGGGUGGUCGAUUCGCUUCGAUCGCCGAGGAAGGUAGCUCACCUAGGAACUCGGCAUUUGGAGUAUCACGAUCGAGCUCCGUUGCACGCAAGCCCAGCGGCUUAGCUCGCUCAGGUUCGCUUUCUCGGUCGAACUCGGUCAAUAAUAACAGCGGUGGUAAAUCACCAGAAACACGUGAAUCAUUGGUUGACAAGGUUCACGAUAUCGAGGUUCAACGCGAUGCCCUCCACAGGACAUUGCGGAGCCUCCUCGAUCGCCAGGCAUACCAGGCCCGCGAGUACGAGAAGCGCACUCGUAUGCUCGAAAUGGAGCUUGCUCGAGCCCAACAAUCGGGUCAGCCUCGGAAAUUGGGCUAUGAGAGAGAUGUGCGCAACUUGCGUGACGAGGUGAAUCAUCUCCGCAUGCGCGCUGAGGAUGCCCUGGAUGGCAAGUGGCAGUGCGAGAAGAACCUCGCUGGUCUCAAGAUGGACUUAGACCGUGCCGAGCAGGAGACCAGCUCUCUACGCGCGCUUCUUCUGGAGGACACUGCCGCUGGUGCAGAGUUGAUGACCGGCCAAGAAGGCUUUGCUGAGGUCGUGACCACAUCCUCUUCCCUGGAAUCUGCAUUCCAGCAAUUGCAGGCGGAUCGAGCUGAAGCUGAGGCGGAUGUUGCAGAUUCGGAAGAGCUUGCUUCCUCCUUUCUACGGACUGAGGCACUGGGCAGCAAGGUCCAUUACCAGCUUCAGACUAACACCUCUCUGCAUGCCCGUCUAGCAGCAGCCAUUGAUAAGGGUGACAAAGAUCAGCAGAUCUCGGUUGAACGGAUUAAUAUACUGCAGAACCGCAUGAGGGAGCUCGAGGAAGUUCUUUUGGUUGCGCAAAACCACUCAGAAGAAGAGAUGGGCAAGCACGAGGAUGAGAUUCGUCUGCUGAAGGAAAGCCAGCAUGCCCAGCUCACGCGGAUGAUGAAUGGUGGUCGCAACACAGUCGGCCUCUCCCCGCGGCCGCCGAACGCACCAUUCGAUUCUCGCUCGCCGCGUCUGGACCAGACCACGAGCGGCGAGGGUGUACCCUUGACCGAGGUUGUCCAGUCCGAAAUCCUCGAGCGACGAGUCAAAGAUCUCGAGAAGCUCCUCCGUGAUGCGGAUAUGGAGAUGGAGCAAGUGGUUGGACGGAUGAACCGCACGCAGAUCGAUGUGGCUCAGCUUCAAACUGACAGAGACGACGCUCUCCGCCAGACCCGCCAACUCCAGACCGAGAUCCAAGCUGAGCGUGACGCCCUCAGAGGGCUCAUCAACGCCCUGUAA